AGGGGGGCUGUAAACAGGUUCUGCUGUCAGUGUGGGUUCCUCUCUGUUCCUCUCUGUUCUCAGUCUUCACUCUCAUUCUCGGAGGCCUUCGCUUCAACCUCACGAUGUGGAGAGGGGUUUUAUUAGCCUGCCUGCUUCUACACACAGCAAAGGCGGAGGAGAGCUCCAAAGGACCGAUAUACCUGGUCACGGUUCCCGCUCAAAUUUUCGGAGGCACCACAGAGACAUUCUGCGCCCAGCUCCUCCACCCCAAUGAGAGCCUCACUUUCACUGUCACCAUGGAGACCAAUGCUGACAACGUGACUCUCCUGGAAGAGAAGGUGAAGGACAGUGAGUUCUACCGAUGUGUCCCCUUUCAGGUUCCAGUGUUCCCUGAAGAAACCAUUGUGUAUCUCCGAGCUGAAGUGAAAGGAAAAACAGUCCAUUUGGAGAAAACACAAAAAGUCCUGAUUAGUUCAACUAAUCCCCUGACGUUUAUACAGACAGACAAACCCAUCUAUAAACCUGGCCAGACAGUUAAAUUUCGAAUUGUCACGCUGGACACACAUUUUGUCCCUAUCAAUGAAAAGUACAAAACUGUGGAACUGCAGGACCCCGCGACUAAUCGCAUCGCUCAGUGGCUGGACAGGACGUCCGUCAGCGGGAUUCUGGACUUGUCACACCCCCUCAGUUCCGAAGCCCCUCAAGGAACAUACACACUGCGCGCAGAGACAGACAGUGGCAAUCACAUUAGCCAGUCUUUUAACAUCAAGGAGUACGUCCUACCCAAGUAUGAGGUGAAGGUUCAUCUCCCCAAAUCAAUCACUAUCUUGGACACAGAGGUCACAGUCAAGAUCUGUGCAAAGUACACCUAUGGGAAGCCUGUCUUGGGGAAGGUAACAGGAACAUUUUGCCGGCCAAGUUGGAGGAUGUACUACUGGCAUCGAAGGCCUGAUAAUGUGGAGAACAACGACAUCUGCCAUAUGUUUAUCGCUCAGACUGACAAGACUGGCUGUGUGACCAAAGUUAUUGAUCUGAAAGACUUUGCAUUGAAUGCGACUGGCUACUCUGAUAGCUUUAAUGUGGAGUGUGAUCUGGAAGAAGAAGGAACAGGUGUUCAACUGAGUGGCUCCAGUUCCUGUAGAUUCACCUCUAACAUUAAUGAAGUCAGUUUCGAGGGGGCACAGAAUGCCUUUAAAAAGGGCAUCCCCUUUAAGGCAAAGAUCAAGAUGACGGGACCUGACUCUUCCCCCCUCCCAGACGAGAAGGUUCAUCUCAUCAUCCGAUGGGACAACCACACCGAGAUCAUGAACUUCACCACGGACAGCAGGGGCCUGGUCCCCAUCUCACUGGACACCUCAUCCUGGGACACCCAGUCUGUCAGGCUUGAGGCACGCUACUCUCUGCUGGAUAAUGUUUAUGAUUAUCAGUCGGUUCGUCCCACAUAUGGCACGGCCUUUCUGUUCCUCAAUCCCUUUUACUCCAAGAGCAAGAGUUUCCUGAAGAUCCAGGAGAAUGAGGGCAAGCUUCAGUGUGGAGAGGAAGCACCAAUAAGCAUCAGUUACAUCAUCCGGGGGGAGGAGCUGGGAAAGGGGGUGGAGUUUAUGGAUUUCUAUUAUCUGGUGAGUAGGUGGGAUUCUUUCAGCUACAUUUUAAUUUGAUUUCAGCCUACAGCA